GUAUAACUUCAGUUAUAGUCUAGAGAACAAAAUUAGGGGCUUACUACAAAUAUUUGAUGCACAAAUGGCGAUUACAAUAAUAUGGAGGAUCAUUUCACAAAACACAUACAAUGUGAGAGGUGUAUAGGUUAAGUAACCUAAAGCAUAAGCAUAGAUCUUAGGUUAAAAUGUUGUAAAGUAUGGGUAUCUAAUGCAAGAUAACCCUUUAUAUAUACAUAGGGGGUUGGUAGAAUGUCUUCUGGUGCCCAAAUUAAUCUGUAGAACUUUCAAGAAGAGCAUGAUAAAGGAACCGAUCUUUCCCUCGCCAACCCAUCAUCUCUCUCUUCUCCCUUUGCUUUCAAUCUGUAUCUGACCCUUUUCCUCUUCUGGGCUUAUUGAGUGAAGAUGAGAGUGGCAGCUGAGGCCUGGAGGGAUGCUGAAAAGGGAAGAUGGGCUUGAUGGGCCUUCUGUGCCCAUGAUCAAGAUGCGGGUUGCGCAUGGAUCUUCUCAGCAUGAGCUCUCUGUCCCUGCCCAAUCCACCUUUGGUUUCUUCCUGGCUUGUGAAUUUAAAUAGGAGCCAUGAGCACCAAAUACUGAGGAUUCUUGCCCAAAAGACUGGCUUGAAGCCUCAAGAACAAAGGUUAUUCUUCAGGGGAAAGGAGAAGGACAACGAGGAGUAUCUGCACAUAUCAGGAGUUAAGGAAAUGUCAAAGAUAAUGCUUUUGGAGAACCCAGAAGCCAAAGAGCAGAAAGCUGAAGAGAUGAAAAGGCUUGAAGAGAAUAAAGAGGACAGAAGGAUGUCAAAGGCUAGUGAAGCAGUUGUCCUUGUAAGAUCCGAGGUCGAUAAUCUUUGUGAAAAGGCUACUGCUUUGGAGUCGGCAGUGCUUGGGGGCACAAAAGUCGACGAAAAAGAGUUUCUUAUGUUGACUGAAUUACUCAUGGUGCAGUUACUGAAAUUAGACAGAAUUGAGGCAGAGGGAGAAGCAAAAAUACAAAGGAGGACUGAGGUUUGUCGGAUACAGAGCCUUGUGGACACGCUUGAUGCACUAAAGGAUGGAAACUCCAACCCAUUCAGCAACAGAAGCAAUGCGACCUCUGUAACAACUCAGUGGGAGACAUUCGAGUCUGAGGUGGGGAGCCUGAGCGCAGCCCCAGUACUCAUGGCAUCGUCUACUCAAGUUACCAACGACUGGGAGCAGUUCAAUUAGAUUGUGACUCAACUAUCAAUUAUGCGUUUUGUUUUUGUUCGCUGAGAUUUUUGAUUUUGGUUAUGAAAGGCUUGUAUACAUAUGGGUAAUGGAUUCUCCUUUGAUGUUAGAAAGUAUGGUUACUGCAUGUGAAGUUAAUUCCUUCUGUGGUUCCAGAGAGUAAGGAGUUCCCCAUAUGAAUUGCAGCAUCCCCUACUGUCUAACAGCUAACGUGAUGAAUCUAUAAAUGAUGCGUAUUUUUAAUUUGUAAAUGUUAUUUUAACUUUAGUAAGGCGCAUGUCAUUUUGA